AUGGCUCCAGCUGUAAUUGAAACCCCGCCAACAGAAUACAAGUCUGGUGUUGGAGCAUACAAGGAAUUUGGCCUAGGAGGCCCGAAGUUCUUUCAAAAAGAACUCGAGCUAAAGGGCACUGAAAAGCACUCGCCUGCCAAAUACCCUCACUACUUGCCUGUCUGGGACAAUGAGAAGGGACAAAAACUACCACCCUGGGAGCCCUUCACCCACGUCGAGCACGGCAAAGACGCCGACCCAACCUUCCCCAACCUCCUCAAAAACGCCACCGUCAACGACUUAACCGCCAACACGGGCGCUGAAGUCCACGGCGUUCAACUCAGCAAGCUUACCAACGCCCAAAAAGACGAACUUGCCCUCUUCGUCGCCAAAAAGAAAGUCGUCGCCUUCCGUGACCAAGACUUCGCCGACAUCCCCAUCAAAGAUGCCCUCGAAAUUGGUGGCUACUUUGGCCGCCACCACAUCCACCCUACUUCGGGCGCCCCAGAAGGCUACCCAGAAGUCCAUCUCGUCCACCGCGGCACAGACGACACUUCCGUCCGCGACUUCUUCGAAGAGCGCACAAACUCGGUCGCCUGGCACUCCGACGUCACAUACGAGAAGCAGCCCCCAGGCACAACCUUCCUGUACAUUCUCGAUGGGCCCGAGGCAGGCGGCGACACACUAUUUGCCAACCAAGCCGCGGCAUAUCAACGAUUGAGCCCGGAGUUCAGGAAGAGGUUGCAUGGACUCAAGGUUGUGCAUUCAGGCAACAGCAAACUACGAGGCGGCAUCGUCCGCCGCGACCCCGUCACUUCCAUCCACCCACUCGUCCGCACGCACCCUGCCACGGGCGAAAAAGCCCUCUUCGUAAACCCCCAGUUCAGCCGGCGCAUUGUCGGCUUCAAAAAGGAGGAGAGCGAGUACCUGCUCAACUUCCUCUACGAUCACAUUGCCAAAGGUCAGGACUUUCAGGUGCGUGUCAAGUGGGCGCCGGGCACGGUGGUGGUGUGGGAUAACCGUGUGACUGCGCAUUCGGCGCUGUUGGAUUGGGAUGAUGGCGCACGUAGGCAUGUUGCGAGGAUUACGCCACAGGCUGAGCCUCCGUACGAGACGCCAUUUGAGGAAAAGGUUGCUGCCACGUUUGAGUACUGA